AUGCCCCCUGCUCUGCCAGCCUUGCUUAAUAAGGCUGUGGGCAAAUCCAGUCAGAGGGACAGCUGCAAGAGGCAGGGGAGGCACGUACCCCUCCCUGGAGCUCCACAGGCCCCGAGGGCUUCCCAGGCCUGGGGGCAGGGCUGCUCCUCACCCUCAGCCACUCACUGGGUCCCAGAUGCUUGGCCCUGGGUGGGGCCCUCGUCCCUCUGGGCCCAGCUCCCCUCAACCUGCCCACAGGUGCAGCAGCUGGAGUGGGUGAAGAGCCACUACCCCGGUCUGUACUCCCGCCUCCAGGAGUUUGCCUCCCGUGGGCAGUUUGUGCCCGUGGGGUGUACCUGCGUAGAGACGGACGGGAACCUGCCCAGUGGAGAGGCCAUGGUGAGGCAGUUUUUGCAGGGCCAGAACUUCUUUCUGCAGGAAUUUGGGAAGAUGUGCUCUGAGUUCUGGCUGCCGGACACCUUCGGCUACUCAGCACAGCUCCCCCAAAUAAUGUGUAGCAUAAUCUGUAGCAUCAGGUGCUUUCUCACCCAGAAAUUGAGCUGGAAUUUGGUGAACUGCUUCCCGCACCAUACCUUUUUUUGGGAGGGACUGGAUGGCUCCCAUGUACUGGUCCACUUUUCACCUGGCGACUCAUAUGGGAUGCAGGGCAAUGAGGAGGUGCUGAAGACCGUGGCCAACAACCGGGACAAGGGGCGGGCCAACCACAGUGCCUUUCUCUUCGGCUUUGGGGAUGGGGGUGGCGGCCCUACUCAGACCAUGCUGGACCGCCUGAAGCGCCUGAGCAAUACGGACGGGCUGCCCAGGGUGCAGCUCUCUUCUCCAAGGCAGCUCUUUUCAGCGCUGGAGAGCGGCUCUGGGCAGCUGUGCACGUGGGUCAGGGAGCUCUUCCUGGAGCUGCACAAUGGCACCUACACCACCCACGCCCAGAUCAAGAAGGGGAACCAGGAAUGUGAGCGGAACCUGCACAACGAGCUGCUCAGCAGCCUGGCCCUGGCCCGCAGUGCCCAGUUCCUAUACCCAGCAGCCCAGCUGCAGCGCCUCUGGAGGCUCCUGCUUCUGAAUCAGUUCCAUGAUGUGGUGACCGGAAGCUAUGAGAUGGUGGCAGAGGAUGCCAUGCGCCACUAUGACAUUCGUUCCCGUGGCAAUACACUGCUCAGCAAUGCAGCCACAGGCUUAUGUGCCGGGGAGCCAGGUCCCGAGGGCCUCUUCAUCGUCAACACCCUGGCCUGGAAGCUCACCGAAGUAAUGGCCCUGCCCAAGCCGGGUGGGGCCCACAGCCUAGCUCUGGUGACAGUGCCCAGCAUGGGUUAUGCUCCUGUUCCUGCCCCCACCUCGCCGCAGCCCCUGCUGCCCCAGCAGCCUGUGUCUGUAGUGCAAGAGACUGAUGGCUCCGUGACUCUGGACAAUGGCAUCAUCCAAGUGAGGAUGGACCCGACUGGCCGCCUGACGUCCUUGGUCCUGGUGGCCUCUGGCAGGGAGGCCAUUGCUGUGGCCGUGGGGAACCAGUUUGUGCUGUUUGAUGACGUCCCCUUGUACUGGGAUUCGUGGGACGUCAUGGACUACCACCUGGAGACACGUUACGGGCUGGGCAGCACGAAGCCUGUGCUGGGCCAGCCAGGGACCCUGUCAGUAGGCACCGAGGGCGGCCUGCGGGGCAGCGCCGGGUUCUUGCUACAGAUCAGCCCCAAUAGUUGGCUUAGCCAGGAGGUCGUGCUGGACAUUGGCUGCCCCUAUGUCCGUUUCCACACUGAGGUACACUGGCAUGAGGCCCACAAGUUCCUGAAGGUGGAGUUCCCGGCUGGUGUGCGGAGUUCCCAGGCCACCUAUGAGAUCCAGUUCGGGCACCUGCAGCGGCCCACCCACUACAACACCUCUUGGGACUGGGCUCGAUUUGAGGUGUGGGCCCACCGCUGGAUGGAUCUGUCAGAGCACGGCUUCGGGCUGGCCCUGCUCAACGACUGCAAGUACGGCGCGUCGGUGCGAGGCAGCAUCCUCAGCCUCUCACUCUUGCGGGCACCUAAAGCCCCAGACGCUACCGCUGACAUGGGGCGCCACGAGUUCACCUAUGCGCUGAUGCCGCACAAGGGUUCUUUCCAGGAUGCUGGCGUUAUCCAAGCUGCCUACAGCCUCAGCUUCCCCCUGUUGGCUCUGCCGGUCCCGUGCCGAGCGCCCGCCACCUCCUGGAGUGCCUUUUCCCUGUCUUCACCCGCUGUCGUAUUGGAGACGGUCAAGCAGGCUGAGAGCAGUCCCCAGAGCCGCUCGCUGGUCCUGAGGUUGUAUGAGUCCCACGGCAGCCACGCGGACUGCUGGCUGCACCUGUCACUGCCAGUUCAGGAGGCCAUCCUCUGCGACCUCUUGGAGCGACCAGACCCUGCUGGCCACUUGCCCCUUUGGGACAACCGCCUGAAGCUCACCAUUUCUCCCUUCCAAGUGCUGUCCCUGUUGCUCGUGCUCCAGCCUCCGCCACACUGAGUCCCUGGGGCUGGGGUCUUAUUUGUGGAAGGCUUUGGGGACUCCUAAUUUCUGCUUCCCCAGCCUAAAACAGGGAUCAGUCUCUUCUUGUGGAAUAAAUUCUUGGAU